UUCCUCCGUAAUAAGCAGCUACGCGCCCCGCGGUCCUGGCUCCGCGGGUCCGCUCGGAUCGGGCCUGGGCGCUGGCGCGGCGGUGGGUCCCGCCGCGGCGGGCGCGAUGGAGGCCGUGCCGGAGCCCAGCACUCCCGCCGGGGGAGGCCGAGAGCGCCGGCGGUGCUCGUAGAUGCGGCGGCGGCGGCGGCGGCGGCACGGGCUCUCCAUGAGCGAGCGGCGGCGGCGACGGGGGCGGCGGCACCGGCAGUUUUCGGUCCCCGGGGAGGAUGAAGACACUGUUUGAAGAGAUCAAAGCAUCAAUUAAAAAUAACUAUAACCAAGAUCGCUCAUUUUGGAGGCCUGUUCUUCCUUGGGGAGGUGUUUUUACUAUCAAAGCUGGCCGCAAAGCAGUGUCCUGUACGCCACUCUAUGUUGAAAUAAGACUGAAAAAUACCUGCACCAUAGAUGGAUUCUUGAUGUUAUUGUAUGUCAUUCUUAAUGAAAAUGAAAAUUUCCCCAGGGAACUCUCUCUUCAUUUAGGUAGAGAGUUUGUAGACUGUUUUCUUUAUUUAAUGGACACCUACAGUUUUACAACUGUGAAGCUACUUUGGAUUUGGGACAAGAUGGAAAAACAGCAAUACAAAUCUGAAGUUCACAAAGCUUCACUGAUAAUUGAUUUAUUUGGGAAUGAGCAUGACAAUUUUACAAAAAAUCUCGAAAAUCUCAUGUCUACCAUACAAGAGAGUUACUGUUCCAACUGGCGAUGCCCAACUCGAGUGCAGGAAGAUCAGCAGCGCACAAUUAAUAUAAAUCCUCCCCAAGAAAUUCCACAUGGAAACUUGAUACGACUGGCUGUGGAUGAGUUAUUCUGUUCCAGGAUUGAACUGUGUGAAGAGCAUGGGUGUGGUGGCUUAAGAGAAUUUUCCCAGCGAGUUUUCUGCCACGGGGCACCCCCUUUUGUUGUCCUAAACAUGCAGCAUUGGAAAUCUGAAGAUCUGGCAUAUGUACCCUAUUACUUGGAUUUAUCUGAUCACAAGUAUCUCUUGGAAGGGGCCACACUCUUUAACAAAGAGGAACAUCACUAUUCUGCAGCUUUCCAGAUCGGUGGACACUGGAUGCACUAUGAUGGCCUCAGAAAUGUGAAUUUAAUUUUGUUAAAUAAACCCCCAGAGUUUCUCCUCUUGUCAUCGUUGGUUUAUAUUCGAGCCACAGAGAAAUAAAUAUCGACUCAUGCUAAAUGCCAUUGUUUUCCCUCCCGCCCAUGCUCCCCAGAUGAAGGGCUUUUAUUGUCUAUAUACUUGGUAUCCAAGGAGAUGGUUUAACUACACUAGUUUCAGAGGUGUAUUUUCCAGUGAUGACCCCAGGUACACGUUUUAUAUAGAGAAUCUAUGCAAAAUGUUUGUAUUUCUUUUUUCUAUAUCCUGGGUUAUUUUUAUGCAAGCAUAUUUUAUGUUGAAAUAAAAUAUAUCUUGUAGCCUUUGUAUUUUUUAUUUAUAUGUACCUCGACAUUUUUUUUUAUGAUUCUGUCCUUGAAUUCAAGAAAAUACUUUGACAUUUGAAUUCGCAAUGUUUCUUUUUGGAUAUCCAAAUAAAACCUGGGUACCAGUGAGUAUUUCAGUUUAUGUAAAUUUAACAGUUCCAAAGGUAUCUGCCCUACCUCACUAUAGUCCGAAGUGCACUGCUGGAUCUCGUAUAGAUUUGAAUGUAUGACUUGUAAAUGGCUUAGUCUGUUUGACCUGUUGAUUUGCCUAAUUUCCCUGCAGCAAUUUUAAAAAAAUGCUUUGGUGAGAAUGUUUUUCUGAGUUUGAAGGAUUUCUUUAUAAUGGCGGAUUACUUUAACCACUUGCUAAAGUAGUAUAAACCUGCCAGCAGAUUGUAAGUGUUAACUAAGCUCCUAAGCUUACAGUUUUUAUUUGUAAUAAAAUUAUAUAACUAAUCUAAACACUUACCUUAUAAUUAAAAGUAAUGUAAAUUCUCUAAUAAAAAUCUGUUUUGCAGGUAAGACAACUAUAAAAAACAUAUGAGGCAACUGGAUGUUUACUAAUGUUGGAUUAACAAUAGAAAUGUACUUUACAUAUAUAUUUAAGAGAAAGUGGGUGCCUGGGAAUAUUUCUUUUCCUAGUAAGUCAUAUUGGCACAGAGAAAAAAAUACUUAAAUUUUUGGAGUAACGUCUGCUAUCUCCCUUUUAAGUAGUAAGUUGAUAGCAUGAGGCUUUGAUUUCCAAUAUAAACUACUAGAAUUUUAUAGUCACCAGAAUAUUAUAUUUCUUUUCAAAGACUCUUAAGAUCUCUCUUCCUUUUGCAAUUUAAAGGAAAAAAUUAAGUCAAAUCCUCAAGGAAAAAUACUUUUUGAAAUUGGUCACCAUCUGUUUUAGUGUUUGUAUUUCAAUAAAGAGUUCACCUUAGGGUUGGGGUUGAGAUUGAGCGCAAUAUAUUUGGAGAUUUUUACAUAACAACACAGUACACUGCCAUAUACCGACUUGCUAAGGUUUAAUUCAAUAAAUUGAGUCUUACAUUGGCCUGGUGCCAUAUUGAGAUAACUCACUAAAGAGUGGGUACCUGUCAGUACAACGAUGCUGGGAAAUCCUGACUUUGAGCAAAUAUUAUGAAAAUUCCUUUUUUUACGUAAGACAAAAAAAAGUGAUUGAUUUUACCAAAAAAUUCACCCCAGGGUUUAUUUAAAUAGUUCCUCCUGUGUAUUUAAAUAGGAUUGAUUUAUGGUAAAUUUUUCUGGGACACCUUAUAUGACUCGAAGUUUACUAAAACAAAUAUCAGCAUAUACAUAAAUGGUAUAGUUAACAGAAUUAUUCUUGAUGAAGAUUUAUUCUUUUAGGAAUUGCACUUUAUUUGGAAUAAUACUAGUUUAUCACGAAAUAAUAACUUACCUACCUCACAGGGUUGUUGUGAGGAUUAAGAUGUUUGUUAAAACUUUGACUACUUUGAACAUGCUAAUAAAAAAUGUAUUUUUUCUA